AUGAAUUACAGCGAAUGGAAAACCCUAAUCGCCCUAUGUGAAAAUUUGGAUGAUAACCUUGACACUGGCAUGAGUAAGUAUGAAGACUUCUGUAAAAUUAUGAUAAGGAAUAUACUUUUAAUUACAGCUCCGGGAAAUCAAUAUAGAAACCAAGGAGGAGGGGGAACAUGUAAGAGGGAAGUAAAGGGCAUUCCACUAUGCAGCUUGUUAAAAGUGUGGAUGGAGUAUAUGCGGUACCUCUGUGCUCCAUGGAAAAUAAUGGAACAUGCUUUUAAUGGAGUGGACCAAGUGAAGGAAAAUCUCUUCCAGGAUAAGAACCUUGUACCGUGUGAUUAUACAAAAUAUGCUGGCCUUUAUAGAGAAGGCACGGACAUGUUACCUGGAAUAUGGAAAUUGUUGCAUGAGGGUGUUAUUCAUAAUAGAGUGGGCAUUGUAACCAAACACAGGUGGUGCACUGAUCAUGGUACAAUGAGGACUCGACAUAAUGCCCCAGUGGUUUCAGCGCGUGCGCGUAACGAUGGAAGUGUGGCUGAUGCAGCAGUGAGUAGUGAUCAAAAACUAAGGGAGUUGCAAAGUGAUAUUGAAAAAAUGGAGGAAGAAUUAAAAAAGGAACAGGAAGCAGAACUAGAGCUUUUACAUGAUGCCCUGCAAGAAGCCAUAGAAGAAAGUAAUAAACAGGCACAACCUGAACAACAACAUCCACCCCCACCUCCGCAACCAGCACGACCAGCAAAUCCAGAAGAUCCAGGAGGACAACAACCACCACCACCUCCUCCACCACCGGCACCCCCCGUCCUUCCUCCUGUUAACGAGGGUGAAGGUCCUCAAUUGAAGAAUGAUGAUCAAUCGGAAGAUCGUAAAAAGUCUCCCAGUAAGACUCCAGAUGACUAUGAUACGGGUUCUGUUGCUGUUUCUUGGAACGGUAAACAAGGGGAGUUCCAGGUAACAGGUGGUAGGGUUGAACUUCCCGGUGAACCAGAUUUGACAGCCUUAAAGGGUAUUGUUGUGGAAGAGCCCCCUGGCACCUUAACAAAUUCCGGAACUACUGCGGUCACUCCAACACAGGAACCCAAGGAUAGCGUCAAUCUGAGGGAUCCGGCCUCCUCUCAUGCCGUGAAACCCACUUCAACUACUCCACAACUUACUCCAGAUGGCAGGGAGGAACCCACAGCAGGUGGAAAUGAGGAACAGGACCAAGCAUUAGUGCCAUCGAACACAAUAGGAACAACAAGUAAGGAUACAUCAUCCCAGGGAGCAGGGAAAACAACACCUUUAAUACCCUUAGAACCCGUAGUACAUAGAAUAACAUUAGACGGCACUUUAACUGACGUCCAAGAUAAAGGUUUAAGAGUUCCAGAAUUACCAACAAAGAAAGCCCAAAGCAUCCCUAUCGCUGUUCCACUUGUUAGCAAGAUUGACAACCUUCCUGAACUCCUUACCCCAUACCUUCCUACCAUUCCCGUCUUCAUUGGUAUGUCUGCUAUGACUUAUCUCCUCUGGAAGUACUUUGCCUUUUUUGGUAAAGGAAGAAAACGUUACAGAAGAGCUUAUCAAGGACGUGGUCCUCCCCCCCUAGAAGAACAACUUCCUGAUCAUGUGGACGACCAGGAUGACGGUCCACAUGAAUAUACCUUAGUAAAGGAACGCAGACAACCAAGAUCUCUUCCAACGGGGAGAACGAAGAGGUCAAAAAAACAGGGCGUUGUUCGUCGCACUAUUAUUGAUAUUCAUUUAGAAGUCUUAGACGAAUGUCAAAAGGAAGACCUUCAUUCGACGAAAGAAGGCUUUUUUGAAAUUUUGGUUCAAGAGUUUAUGGGUUCCGGUUUUAGGGAGAAAGACUUUGUUCCUACGGAAGGUGUUGCUGAGGAACAGGUUUCAAGUUCAGAUUGCGAGUUUAGGGAGGAAGGCUUUGUUCCUAAGGAAUGUGUUCCUAAGGAUCAGGUUCAGGGUUCAGAUUCUGUGUUUAGGGAGGAAGAUUUUGUUCCAAAGGAAGGUAUUCCUAAGGAACAAGUUCAAGGUUCAAAUUCCGGGUUUAGGGAGGAAGACUUUCUUCCUAGGGAAGAAAUUUCUGUGGAACAGGUUCCAAGAUCAGAUUCCGGGUUUUAG